AUGGAUGGACAAGUUGAUACUCAGGAUUUGAUGGACUCCAAACGAGAACCCGCAGAAAACGGUACAAACAUACCUUUGGAUGACACAGCUACGACGGGCUUUCCUGAAUCAGCCAUUUCACAGAAGUUCCUGGAGUACGGCAACCAUGCCAGUCUCGAUGAAACAAUGCAGGUCACAGCGCAGGAUAGUGGCUACAACUCAUCUGGGUCCUCGGCACAUCACUCUCCGGCCGAGACUCUAAGUGGUGGAGGGGACGACGGCGAACCGAUUCACACGCGGUCAAGGGCAUCCAGCCGCACUUCGAUUUCUUCUAUUCCUGCCUCGGUAUUGACGAACCUACCGGACGGAAUAAAGCCUAUGAACCUGCGAGAUACGCAAGAUUACGUGUAUCAACCCUGGGACCAUCAUGGGCCACGUGCCGUCCAUACGAUCCGACAGCGCGAAGCUACAUUCCGGAAGCCGAGCUCGGUGCGGGCAAUGCAGAUGCAUACGGAGGACGAGGCAGAUUACGACUAUCAUCUCACUCCUCCCAGACGCCGGGGUAGUCAGCGCACUUCCGAUUUCUCUAUUCGGUCCGCGGGCUCGUCGCCAUUCAAAAGGUCUCCAUUUUACUCUCCCACGGCAGCAGCUGGAAAGCCGAAGGUUAAGAAGGAAUACCCACUUGUCCUUCUCCACUGCACCUUGUUACCCCCGUCACUCCCUGUGGCCGGGUUAGUGGCGCAUCCGGAUCGUAAGAAGAUUCUGAGCGAAGUUCUGCCCUCGGUGUACUGGAAGAGAUGGAAGUUACUUGAGGAGAAAAUCGGAUCGGGCGUUCUCCGCGACCGUGGUGUGCUCAUUUCUCACCCGGAGGAUAUGUAUGACCUUCUUGAGGAACGACUAUUGGAGAGCUUGGAAUUACAAGUCCCCCGACUUGAUCAUGGACAUUUCCUUGGGCGUGACGAAACUGAGUCGGAUAGGGAGGAUCGCUUGGCAAAGGAGGACAGCAGCACAGAGGAUGAAGGCGAUGAGUGUCCGGAUUGCGGAGGCCGUGUUGUACGGCACAAUACGACCCGAAAGUGGGAAGUCAAAGUAUUCGCCGCUAAUGGACUGAUGAGGGCUGGGGCGUGGGCUGCAGCAUGGAAAGAGAUGGAGAAGGUUGAUGUAGAGGUUGGCCUGUGGUUGCCUUCCGAUGUGAGAGCCGGACUUGAAAAACGGGUCGCCGAAGACUCGUCACACAUUGAUAACGGCUUCGGUCAACCUUUACUGCAGGAACCGGGGAAUAUCCUAUCGGGGCCUCCAAAUCUCGCGCUCACGCCGACCCCUCAAAAAGCCGGAUCUGGCUCUCACGUUACUCAACACCGUGAGAGGUCUCCCUCGCCCGUCGCAACUCGGCAUAGGCCUCAAGAUGAUCAAAAGUGCGAAUUGAAUGCGAGAAAGCCGUCGGAAGAGAUUGACCUGCAAACUCUGCUGGUAAAUUACAUCCGCGUGCUUGCCAACGACCGACGCAAUAUCGCCAUUGUCUUCCUUAGCGCGCUUGUCGUCUUUGUUGCUAUCAACUCUAAAUCAGCCACCGUCGUGUCGGAUUUGCGCCCAUUCCCCGACGAUAUCCUAGAAUUUACUGCUUCAUCCGGGGUUCCACUGCAGGAAUCCGAAACUCAACCGUGGAGAGAGAGGACAAACUCACGAACCUUGUCAGCCACAGUGCCAGACUCGACAGCAGUAGUUGCACCAUCCGCGGAGCCCGUGACAUUUUCCAGCCUAGACGACUUCCGAGACCCUCCGGUGGAGCGUGUUCUAUCUGGGACGGAGGAGUCUCAGCAACCAAACCUCGAUGAGGUAUCUGUGGAAAGUGCCGACUUCGCUUCUGAUGAGGGGCAACAAGAGCAGUCCAGCGUGGAUGAGCCGGAGAAGUUGCCACAAACAGCAAGUGACACCGCAUUCGUUGAGAGUGAUGAUGCAUUCUUUGAUAUGGAAGACCAAGAACACUCCAUUGAAAAUGCGCAAUUUGACUCUGAGGGAGAACAACAGCCCAGCGAGAAUGAACCCGUGAAGCUACCACCAACAAAGAGUGACCCCGCAUCUGUUGGAAGUGUCGAUAUUACCUCUGCAGAGUCGGAACAGCCAUCACGAGCUAGCGAGAACGAGCCGAAGGAGCCUUCCCCAACUGCGGCCGGAACUCUCUCCAGUGACGGCUCUCAUGCCGUUGCCGAAGCGCACGAAGCUCUGCAAGCCAGUGAGACUGUGUCCUCGGAAGAAGCUCUAGGCUCGACGGCUUCAGUGGAUCAUACUAUCAAUGACCCGCCAUUGUCUCUUGAUGAACAACACAAUCAGCACGAGAAGGGUGAUGAAGCCCAGCACAAUGAACAACUCGAGAAAGACGAACCAAGCGCGUCGAACGGACAGUGA